GCCGCAUUCAGCCAAUGAGCGGCGCGCGGGCCGUACGCGCGUCCGUCCGGCGACUGGCGCGACGUUGCCAGCUUUUCAGAAAAAAAUACCAGAUUCGACCUUCUUAGGACCCCCGGUUUUUUUUUUGUUUGGCCGCGUUAUCAUUCGGGAACGUGUAUUAAGGUCCUUAUCCGUUAGUGAGAUGGUGCUCUCGGUUCGCAGGUGGACUUUACGUGUAGUGUUUUAGUGAUAUGGUGUGGUCGACUCCAUCGGGGGAGGUGUUGAUAGACAUCGUAACAAGGCCCGGGCAGACGGAGCACGGGCACGGCGGCGGCGCGCUGGCGUACGGCGCUAAGCCGGCGGGGGCUGUGGUGGCGCCGCCGCAGCCCCGCGCUACGCCAGCUGCGCCUUACGCACCACAGUACUCCCCCCAGCUCCGGCUGCACCAGCCGGGGUAUGGCUCGGCGGCGCUUACAUACAGGGAUAGCGGAUAUGUGCGGGGCGGGGGCGGCGGCGCGGCGGGCGAGUUCCGGCCGGGGGCGCGCGUGUCGUUACUGGGCGGGCCGUACAUGCCUGCGCCCGCGCAACACCCCCCGCCGGCGGACCCGCCGCCUUUCAAGAAGAUACGGUUCGGUGUCGAGCGGUCGCCCGCCACCGCGCUGCCGUUACACCAGCCUCUCAGGGUCGACACCAGGGAGCCGGUGAACACGUAUAGCACGGUGGAUCUAUCACCGAAUCCGCCGUCCGAGUCCACCGAAGACCAGAGCUUCAGAACCACUAAGGAUGACCUCCUACAACAGAUAUCUAAGGUGGACCGGGAGAUGGCGCUGUCAGAGGCAACGCUAUCGAAACUCAAAAAGAAGCAGCAAGAGUUAGAACAAAGUGCAUCGAAACCAGCGCGGACAGAAGAACCGGAGGAGGCGCCGCCCCGACACAGAAGUCUCGCGCAGUGUGUUUACGCAGAAAAUAGGAAAAAGGCGGCGUCAGCGCACAGUCAGCUGGCGCACCUGGGCCCGGCGCCGGCAGCGCCGCCAGCGCCGGCCGGGGACGAUGGGGACACGACGCGCACCGCCGGGCCCUCCCCGCCCUCGCCGCUGUCCCCGCGGUACCCGCUCUACCCGCUCUACAACCAGCCGCAGGACACCGAACUCUACCACGAGAACAUUCGCAAGCACAGACUGUUCCGGAAACCCCUCGCUGAACACAUCCGCCGGCUCAAGCAGGAGGCUGAGAUGCGCGAAGAUUUAUUAGCGGAAGCGUACAGUCGAAGAGCAGCGGAGUGGCUGCGACGGGUGGAGAGGAUAGAACAAGGGCAGAAGAGGAAAGCGAAGGACGCGAGGAACAGAGAGUUCUUUGAGAAGGUAUUUCCCGAGCUCCGGAAACAGCGGGAGGAGCGAGAACGGUUCAACCGCCUGGGCGCGCGCGUCAAGUCCGAGGCGGAGCUGGAGGAGAUCGCGGACGGCUUGCAUGAGCAAGAGCACGAGGACAAGAAGAUGCGGUCGCUGACGGUGGUGCCGCCGCUGUUGCGCGACCCCACCGACAAACGACCCGUAUACGUGGACACCAACCGUCGGUGUAUGGACAUGGAGGCGGAACACAAAGAGCUCUUCGCGUAUGUCUUAUUGUACAGAUUUUACUACUUAUCGAAGAAGGCUGAGAACUACAAGCAGUUGCUGCGGAAACCCCGGCAGCGGCGCUCCAACCGCAACCCGCAGCGGCCCGCAGCCGAGCCCGAGCUGCCCGCCGGCGUCACCACGCGGCUACAGCGGUCGCAGGGUUCGAGCGCGCGCACGGCGGACAAGGAGCCGAGCGCGGAGGAUGGCGGGCCGGCCGCGCUGCUGCCCGCCGCGCCCGCCGCGCCCGCCGCGCCCGCCGCGCCCGCCGCGCCCGCGCUGCCCGCCACUCCUGCGCAUCCUGCCAGGACGGAGUUAAUACGAACGCCGCCGCUGCCGCCGUCGCCGCCGCCGGCGUCGUCGGCGCCGCCCGCGCCGGUCACGUCGACGUCGAGCAGCAGCGCGCCGGCGGCCGCCAGCCCCGUGCCCGUGCCCGUGCCGCCGCCCACGCCGCCCUCGCAGCAGCCGGACGCGGACACGCCGCUGCCUGCACCACCGCCCAGUAUUGUGGAAGUGGUCGUCUGUGCAGCCAAUAUCGAAUUGCCGCCACCACUGACCACAGCGUCGACGCUCACGCCAACAUCGUGCGUGUCGUCAACGAAGGUGACGUCGUCGAUUACGUCACUGCCGACGUCGUGUCCGGGCAGCAAGCCUCCGACCCCACAGCCCGCGCAGCCGCCGACGCCGACGCAGCCGCCGCCAACACCGGAGACUGCGCUAAUAGAGCGGGUGGGUACCCCCUCCAGCGUGACGACGAGUGGCACUACGACGAUCACGAGCGUGGCGAGCGUUGUGAGCGGUGCCAGCGGUCCGAGCGGUCCGAGCGGUCCGAGCGGUCCUAGCGCUAGCUGCGCGGUGUGCGGCUCGGCGGGCGCCACGCGGACCGUGUCCCGGUCCCGCGCGGUGCACUACGGCCUGAAGGAGGAAGCGGUCGGGUCCCGGGUGUGCGAACCCUGCCACUGCCGCUGCGUACGGUCGCGGUACACGCGCUGCCCGGUGCCCACGUGUCCCGGCCCGCGGGUUCGAGCCAAGAGGUUACGACACCUGCCACCGCGGUGGCAUGAUCUCGCGCUCGACCUCAAGAGGCCACUAAUGGAUGAGUUUCAAAUACCAAGCGAUCUCAGCAAGUGUUGUUUGGCGUGCUUCAAAAGGAUCACGAGACGACUAGAGUCGACGGGCGAGGCGACAGAGCCCUCGGAGGAGGAGGUGUCCCGGCUCAGGAGUUUACUCCGGGAGCACGGAACCGCCUGGGAGAGGAUAGCGCCGCUCUUCGGUAGAACGCCGGCAAGUUUGAAGGCGUUCUACUUCACGUAUAGAAAAAAGUACCAGCUGGAGGCGGCGGUGGCGGAGCGCGCGUGUUCGCCGCCGGCCGGGAGUGCUGGGGGUGCUGGUGGUGCGGGGAGCGCGGGCGGUGGUGGCGGUGCACGCAGCACGUCCGAGUCGAGCGCGCUGAGCUCGGGCGACACGGACACGUGCAGCGGCGAGUCGCUGCCGCGCGCGCCGCCGCUGCCCGCGCGCCGCCCGCGCCCGCCGCCCGCGCCGCGCCCGCGCCGCGCCCGCCGCGACUACGACUCCUCCGCCACCGAGACCGCCGACGAGGAGAACGAGCCCAGCACCAAGAUCCUACCUCCAACAACGAUACCGGUACCGGCAUCAUCGUGUCCGAGCACGACGCAAGCACCAUCAUCCACCAGCAUGACGGGCGUCACGAGCGUGGCCAGCUCGGCCGCCGUUACUGUCACGGGGUCCGCUGCAGUUACCGUCGCGAGCUCGGCUGCAACACGCAACGGGCCCGCGCAGCAGCUGUCGGUCCGAGACCUGGUGCUCAACAUGAUAGAGAUCAGCGUCGCCAAGCCCCCGCAGCCCGUACCACCCGCAAUCAAGCCACAGCAAAUCAAGUCAACACCAACAGGGACGGGUCGUGAUGGUCGGGAGACGCUAGCUACUCUGAGCGUGGUCAGCAGCACGCACAGCGCGCGAAGUUCCCCGCGAUCCCCGCAUCGCCCCGCCACUAUUACGCCGCUACAACAUCAACCGCAUCAACAUCAGCCCCAGCACCAGCAACAUACGCAGAAGGACGGUGUGGUGGUGCUGCAUAUAGAGCCCCGAGUCGAGCCGCGAGCCGAACGCGCCGAGCCUCUGCUGGACCUCAGCGUGAAACGACCGCGGCACGAUCUCAAUUUCCCUCACCCUCAAAAACCGACAUAUCGCACAUCGCCGGGUGACUACCCGUCGUACCGGGCGCAGGCGGCCCCGGGUGGUGCCGGGGGAGGAACGGUGGCCGGGGCGGGGGCGGGGACGGGGACAGCGGACCGUAAGCCACAAGCGGGGACUGGCCCUAAGGGCUCCAUCACGUUGGGCACGCCGUUACCCAUGGAGGCGCGGUACGAGCCGCUCAGGACGCCCGAGCCCAAACCCGGCUCCAUCACGGCCGGCACGCCCGUGCACGGCCACCCCCAGCACCAGCAGCACCCCCAACACCAACAACAUUCGCAGCACCAACAACAUCAGCAGCAUCAGCACGCGGACAAGAGGAACUUCGACUACUACAAGCGGCGGAGUCCCGCGAGUGGGUACUACACCACCCGGCCGCACUCGCCGUCUUCGUUUUCACCGCAGCAGACGGCGCCGUACUCGCGCAGCCCGUACGGGCUGGAGCAGCGGCAGAUCAUCAUGGCGGACUUCAUCACGUCGCAGCAGAUGCACGGCGGCGCGCGGCGCGCGGGCGAGCGCGCGGCGGCGCCCGAGCGGCCCGCGUCGCCGCACGUGGCGCGGGGCACGUGCCGCGACCGCGAGCCCGUCUCCGUCAUCCAGCGCCACACGCCGCACGCGCAGCACCAGCAGCACCAACAGCAGCAGCAGCAGCACCAGCAGCAACAGCAGCACCAGCAGCACCAGCAGCACCAGCAGCACCAGCACGCGCAGCACGUCUACUCGCAGCAGCACCCGCAUCCGCCGCCAGGUCACGAGGCGUUCACGUCGCUAGUGAACGUGGCGUCGGCUGCGACUGCGCUGCCGGUGCCGCGUGAUGCACCCGAACACAAGACAGACCACAAACACCACGACGUACGGUUAGCAAUAUCGAAAUUCCAUCAACAGCAAAUGCAGUAUCAAAUGAUAGAAAGAGACAGAAGAGCACAGCAGCAGGCACAGUUCCUCUCGGAACGUGAUAGACAAAUCGUCAUGCAGAAUAGAGAAAGGGAACGUAUGGCGAUGCAGGAGCGCCACAUAGCGAUGGAACAGCAACACCAUCAAAACCAAAUGAUGCACGACAGGCAUCACAUACAACAUGCGAGCUGCGAUAGUAAUCGUCCAGGGCCUGGGGUGGGGCCGAGUGCAGGCGCGGGCUACGGCGCGCCCAAGCUGCGGGCCCUGGCGCCGCACCUGCUCGACAGGAAGGACAGCCGACCUCCCGCGGUAACAGUGAGUUCGGCGGGCCCGACCGGGACUGGUCCAGUGGCAGGGCCUGGGACGGCGAGUGGGCCUACGCCGGGACCAGGGGCCGGGCCCGGGACGAACUCAGCGGCGACGGCGAGCGCGGCGGCUACUAUGAGUAGCGAAGCGCGAGCCCGAGCCGCCGAGGGGAAGCUGACUGCCGCCUCCCUCAUCGACGCCAUCAUCACGCACCAGAUCAGCCAAACCUCUGACACCCAGAGGUUCCCGGCGAUGCGGGAGUGUGAUAACGGGCCAUCGAACCAGCAGCAGGACCGCCCUGAUCGCGGGCCGACGCCGGCUGACCGCGAGCGCGAGCGUGAACGCGAUCGCGAACGUGACCGUGACCGCGAGCGUGACCGCGAACGGGACCGCGAGGAAGCGCACGCGACUGCAACCGCGGCCGCCAUGGCUGCUGCGCACACUACCAGCAUCAAGCUCGGAGACCUCGCAUCCAACAUCAUCACUAGGGACUUCUGCAGUCCCACUACAUCCCUUAUGCACCACAAUAGUCGGUUCGCGCCGACGACGGAGUCGUACGGCAGCGACGAGUGGAAGCGACGCGACGGCAAGCACGGACCCUUCCUAGAGCCCGUGUCGCCGCCAGACACCCAUCAUCAGAACAGAAACAACAGCAACCGGCGUUACAGCGGCGUGGGUAGUGUGGGUGGCGUGGGCAGCGUGGGGUCGGUUGGCGGCGUGGGCGGCGUGGGCGGUGGCGGCGGCGGCGUGCUGACGGCGUUCGACUACGUGACCAACCGCAUCGUAGAGGUGAUGCGUAGCGACGCGGACGAGCGCGGCAAGCCGCUGCCGUUCCCGGCCGCCGCCGCCUACGCCUACCCGUACUCCGCGCUCAACGUCGCCACGCCGCCUGCCCAGCACCACGCCACCAUACAGGAUGGCGCGUCGAGUACAAGCUCGGCGUCGGGCUCGGCGGGCGGCGCGGUCGGCGCGGUCGGCGCGGUCGGCGCGGGCGGCGUGGCAGCGCCGGGCCCGCCCGAGCCGGCGCCGCUGAUGUCGGCGCAGUACGAGCCGCUGUCCGACGAGGACUGACACCGCCGCGCUAGCGCCGCCACCACGUGAACAGUCCGUGGACCUCGACGAGUCAACUUAUUUUAUAGUAACGUAAUGCAGGGAUUACCGUACGUGUGUUGUGGGAAGCUUUAAGUGUCCGACGUGGAGGAAUCUGCCGUAGCUGAUACCGCUCACCUCUCGAACCUCGAGCGCUCAAGUGGACCGCCAGUGCAGUGAACGGCUCGUGAGCGCUGACUCUAUCGGUCGCAGUUCGUCGUCAGCCGAGCGACGCGUCCCGCGGCGCCGUGCCGCCAGUUUACUACUCGAUUGUGAUACAGUCUAUGUUUAAUUGUUUAGUCUCUAGCCUGCGAGCGAUGAAUUUGAAAAUUCUGUAUUCUAGUAGCACUGCCGCUAAAGUGAUGCAAAAUUACCUCAGUAUAUUUUAAGUGGCAGACGAGGGAUAUAUCGAUGUGCGAUUCUAAAAGAAGUUAAAUUGUUUGUAAUAUUUUUAUCCAGUCUUCCAUCGCCACUCUGACACUGGAGCCGGUUACGAAGGCGCGGGUCCCGCGGGACGGCCGUCCCCGCUGUCACGCAGCCGUCCCGCGGGACCAGCACCGAACCCCUCUACUAGGAUAGGAUCUCCGCGCGACUUCGUCCAUUACUUAGCUACACUUAGAUACUUGUACAUUGUAUAUAUAUUAUUGUCGUAUAUGUAUGACUCGACACUAGCCCGGCCGCAUAUUCGCAGAUUCCUCGCUAUGUGUUUCCGCCGAGCCCGCCUGCCGUCGGCGGCCGCGGGGGGAGCUGCCCGUCGAUCGUUAACUCAAAUAUUGGACGUAAGCUCGUAGGCGUUAUAUAUAGCCAGCUCCAGGAUCGACCCGCCGCUCCUCCCUCCUCUGUGUCGAUGUGAAUUGACUUAUGAAGCGUGCGUGUCGAUGCGACGCGACGCGACGCGUUAUAUUAUUAUGUUGGUACACUUUUGUAAGAUUUAUUUUGUAAAUGCUUCGCUUCGGAUUUCGCUGUCACAUUCACGUCACUUAGCAUAGUGUAAGUACGCAUAGUGAAUAUCGUUUCGUGUAAAUAGUUCAUCGCAUUCUUUUUUUUUUUUUGUAUGUAUAGUUUGUGUACGUCGGCGCCGGCGCAGCGAAGUCCGGAACGCAUCGAAUCGCAACUUUUCUAUACUCGACGAAAUUCGGAUCUAGAAUAUUGAACUGUUUAAAAACUCUAAUUAUAUAUAUAGCGUACUCCGGAAAAAUGAUAAAACGGUAAAUUAUAUACAUAUGUAAAAGUGUAUGGUUAUGUGUAAACACUGUGCAUUUGUAAUUAUACAGAAGUUAGUUAAGCUUUACUAUAGAGAUUUCUUUUAUUAAGUUAGACCGGCCGACGUGGCCCGUUAUAAAUAUUGAAGGAUGGUGCGAAUGCGACAGGGCGUGUGGUGCGACCGUGGUGCGAACGUGGUGUGAAUGCGGCGCGUGCGUAGUGCGAGUGUGGAGUGUGGUGCGAGACGUGAGGCGUGCGUAGUGCGAGUGCGGAGCGUGCGUAGUGCGAGUGCGGAGCGUGCGUAGUGCGAGUGUAGAGCGUGCAUAGUGCGAGUGCGAGUGUGGAGAGUACGUAGUGCGAGUGUGGAGCGAGCGCGGCCGUGAGCGCGGCCGCCGCCGGCGCUAGACGUCACGCACUUUACUUUGCGACAAAUACCACACGGUUGCGUUUUUAAACUACCCGCUAUUUCCGCCUCCGCCUAAAUAUAGUGCUAGAUCUUUUCCCAGUUUUUUUUUUUAUUUUAAUUUUUUUUUUUUAUUAUUUACAAUUUAUUUCAAUUUUUGACAAUCAUGAUAAAUGACGAUUCAGUAUUCGAAGGAUAUGAACUCUGUACAACAAUACAAUAUGUAUAUAUAUUUUGUUAUCGUUGUACCUGAAUCUCUUGAUAAUUCAUCAAGCUUGUACAAUAUGCUUAUAUUUUCAUACACACACAUUUAAUAAGAUUAUCUAAUUAUUAUUAUUAUUAUUUAGAAAAAAAAAAAUAUCAACUCAAGUGUUCGCCGGUGUGUUUAAAAGCGCAAGCGUCAUUAUAUAUUUGUAAAUGUUUUCGAGUUAACUUGUAAAAUAAAACGACUGAUUAAAUUAAUUUGAGAGCGCGCCCGCGAGCGGCCGGCGCCGCGGCCGACAGCGGCGCCCACUCACCACAUUGUGAUUUCUUUAUAAAACUGUAAUGUAAUUGUAAGUAGCCGAAAAGAAAACAUAAUCCUUGUAAGUCCGAACAUAAGCGAAAACAAAGUUUUGGGAGGACAAAUCAAUAAAUAUGAUGCAAAUCUA